CACAAUACCAGGCGAGAGAGUCCCUUUUCUGUCGGGGCUGAGCUUGUGGUUUUAAUCAAAGGGAAGACGGGGAAGCUAUGCGGAGAGAUGUAAAAUGGCAGAGCUGCAAAUGUUGUUAGAGGAAGAAAUUCCAGCUGGUAAAAGAGCCCUCAUAGAGAGUUACCAGAAUCUAACUCGUGUAGCAGAUUACUGUGAAAAUAAUUAUGUUCAGGCACCGGACAAAAGGAAAGCGCUGGAGGAGACGAAGGCCUACACCACCCAGUCGCUGGCGAGCGUGGCCUACCAGAUCAAUGCCUUAGCCAACAACGUGCUGCAGCUGCUGGACAUUCAGGCGUCCCAGCUGCGCCGAAUGGAGUCCUCCAUCAAUCACAUCUCCCAGACGGUGGACAUCCACAAGGAGAAGGUGGCCCGGCGGGAGAUCGGCAUCCUGACCACCAACAAGAACACGGCGCGCACGCACAAGAUCAUCGCUCCGGCCAACAUGGAGCGUCCCGUGCGCUACAUCAGGAAGCCCAUCGACUACAACGUGCUGGACGACGUGGGCCACGGAGUCAAGUGGCUAAAAGCCAAGCAACAUGGAAACAAUCAGCCAAUCAGAGGGACCGGAACAAUCUCCAGGACCAAUCCGCCAACUCAAAAGCCGCCCAGCCCGCCCAUGUCUGGGCGUGGCACUCUUGGACGCAACACCUCUUAUAAGACUCUGGAGCCAGUGAAGCCACCCACUGUGCCCAAUGACUACAUGACGAGCCCGGCACGACUGGGCAGCCAGCACGGCCAACACAGCCCUGGACGGACCGCCUCUCUCAACCAGAGACCCAGGACCCACAGUGGCAGUAGUGGAGGGAGUAGCAGCCGGGAGAACAGCGGAGGCAGCAGUGUUGGUCUUCCCAUAGCUGUACCAACCCCAUCCAUUCCUAACUCUGGACAAGCCCCACCCAUGUCAGCCCCUCCUCCCCCAGGAGCACCACCUCCUCCUCCUCCCCCUCCACCUCCGCCACCCCCUCUCCCAGGGCAGGGCCCACCAAUGCCAACGGGGGGCAAUGUCGCAGUGUCCCAGUUCGGCACGAUAUCGCGGCAGAUGUCACGGCACAACUCCAACACCGCCUCCUCCAUCUCCAUGGCAUCGGCCACGGGCACUUAUCGUCGCGCACCCUCCGUCACUUCCCAGUUCUCCCUGCAGCAGCAGCAUCAGCAACACCAACAACAACAGCAGCAACUGCAGCAGCAGCAGCUACAACAACAACAGCAGCAGCAGCAGCAGCAGCCCCAGCUCAAUGGCGGCACCAAUGCCUACCCCCCCAACUCAAUGUCUGUGGCCCCACCUCCUCCUCCCAUGCCCCAGUUGACUCCACAGAUCCCUCUGACUGGCUUUGUGGCCAGAAUGCAGGAGAACAUUGCCGACACCCCCACGCCUCCCCCGCCCCCUCCCCCGGAUGAGAUACCCAUGCUGGACGACUCGCCGCCCCCGCCCCCGCCCCCUCCAGUGGACUACGAGGACGAGGAGGCGGCCGUGGUGCACUACAACGACCCGUACGCCGACUCAGACCCCAACUGGGCCCCCAAUACCUACAUGGAGAAAGUGGUCGCUAUCUACGAUUACGCCAGGGACAAGGAUGAUGAGCUGUCGUUCAUGGAGGGCGCCAUCAUCUACGUCAUCAAGAAGAACGACGAUGGCUGGUAUGAGGGAACGAGCAAUGGCACCACCGGCCUGUUCCCCGGCAACUACGUGGAGUCCAUCAUGCACUAUGCCGACUGAAGGGACACACACACACACACAUACACACUCUUCUGUCAUAUCUAUCGCUGACCAAACUAAAACUUAUCAUCCUAUUCCUUGCUAAGUAUAGAAAAAGUGCAUUUGGAUAUGAUCGAAUGUUUGUUCCUUAUGAAUGGCCAAUAAAUGAACAAAUAAAAGUCUAUUCAUUUUAUUUAGUUGUUAUGGGUGAACGGGGCAAGGAAAUUCAAGUGUAAAGAAUGUGGGUGAGGGUAAUGCUUAAUCCCAGUGAGGCUAGAGCUUCACAGACCUAAGGACCCAAGUAAGUUAGGUUGUGUUUCACAGUGGCUAAGCCAGUGGACAGUAACCCAGCGAAUCAAUCAAGAUGCCCUGAGAACGCAACACAAAAUCUGGAAGGAUGAAGGUUUCCAUUGACUCCAAAUCCCGUUUAAUUAUAAAUAUGUGCCAUUUGGGGUGAUUCGUCUUCUUUUCCCUAAUCACUUUGUUGUUUUUUUUUUUUUUUCGCUUCCCCAUUCUUAACUCUGGUUUUUACACAAUCAUUUCCUAAACUGAAAUUAAAUCUCAAAUGAUUUGAUUUUAAUAAAAAGACUCUUCUAAUUUGAUCUCAAGUCACUGGACAUCCUUAUAUGUUGAAAGUGUUGAUGUGUGUUUGAAGCAUGCACGGAGUUAAAAUGUUCAAAAGGGUAUGUAUUAUAAACUCCACUUUUAAUUCCAUUUUAAAAAGAAUUAUAUAUCUACACUGCUCUGUUUAGUUUGUUAUUCUAAUGUUGUCAUUUGGGCUCCCAAAAAAUGUUGGACUUUUUGAUUGUCUGUAUCUUCUUUAGACAUUCUUAAUUUGUAUUUUUUAAAUAUUUUAUAUAAUUUUGAAUCGACCAUUUUGUGUUCCCUAACACCCACAAUGUUUUGGACUGUAUAUGAUAAUGAGGCUUUUUGUCGUUCUGGUGAUGUCCGAUUCACAGACCCUGGACUCGAGCAUGAUAUCCCCCUCCCUCCUACCCAUUUGCAUUCUGGGUACAAUGCCAGACGGACAAACAAUUAACUUCUACCACCUAUCUGUAUAUAGCUUUAAAGUUCAUAUAGGCAAGAGUGUAAGAUGCUACCUGUCUGUACCAAUCAUGGCUAUGCUGUGCUGUAAUUAAUGCAAACAAUUGGACUCAAACGCAUUACCCUUCUCAUUUUCUCAAAUCAGCAGAGGAAAACACUGCCAUUUUGCAUCUCAGUCGCUGUGGAGACCAACAUAACUCAGAUACCUCCUUUCAGUGUAUGACUUGCAGAUUUCAUGCUUUUGUUUGAAGUUUUUUGUUAUUUUUAUGGGCUGAUCAGGUUGUGUGCUACUACCCCAAGCAGACAUUCCAUCUCUCGUUGUAUCUUCUACCGCCUGUAGAAAUCAUAGGGCACUGCUUCGUUACCAGUUCUCAACUUGUUAGAAAAGUCUGUAAGAGUUCAGAUCAAACUUGUACUAAAAAGGAAGACUAAAGACUGUAACGUGGCCUCGGAUCAGCAAAUGUCAUUGUUCAUUGAUUGUUUUCACCAUGCUGUUAAAGAUUGUGUUGGGAAUUCAUGUAUGUGUUCAUUCAGAUAGUGUUUUUUUUUUUUUGUAAAUCCUUCAAAGGUCAUUCCUUUGGGCUCACAUAGGCUCUACAGAGUUAACUGUGCUUGCCAUAGUCCUUCAUGUCAGGAUAUGGCAGCUAAUGCCUUGCUACUUUUAACAGGUUUAUGCUUCAUUUCUAGUUAACAUUCGUUGUGAUCCAACUGAAUUCUCAAGGGCAGAAAUAUCAAAGCUUGUGUCUCUGCCCAUCAAUUUGUAUUUAUAAUAUGUUAAUUGAAGAAAUUAAAUGUACAGUCUUUUAUAAUAAAUCCUUCUCCUAUAUAA